GUGGUUGGGUUGAAGUAGCGGUGUAUGUGUGGCAUCUGUACGAAAGGUAGGGUGUUCCGAAUCCAGGGGGUCCGACUUACUUCGACUCAGCCCGGGCCGGAGAAUCUCCGCACCUUUCUCUCCCGCCACAACUGGCCCACGGUGCUGUUUCUCCAGGAGCUCAAGAUCCAGCAAGGAAACGACAAGGCUCUCGCCGCCCUGCUCGCAUCCCUCAACAGCCCUCUCAAUGGGGGCGACACGCUCUCCGACAGCCGUACCUACACCCUCGACGGCGUCCUGCCGCGCGACAAGUACAACGCGCGGGGUUUCCAAGGGAGGCUGUACGGCGUCGGCACCAUCCUGCGGACCGACUUUGUGCGCCGCCAUGUCGCCCGCGUCCGCGAGGUCGACUGGGAUCUCGAGGGACGCGUGAGCAUCGUCGAGCUGAAGCCGCCACCGCCCGAAGCGAGCACUACCACCACCACCACCACCGACAGCAACAACAACAACAACAACAACAACCACCUCGUGCCGGCGACAACCAUACCGGAGGAAGGCCAGGAAGAGGACGAAAGACACCGAGCGGCCCACCAGAACAAGAAACAGGAGAAGCAGCCGCUGGCCGUAGUCAACGUUUACGCGGUGAACGGCACGGCGGCGCCCUACCGCUGCCCCAAGACCGGCGCCGUGGCAGGCACGCGGCACGACCGCAAGCUCGCCUUCCACGCGGCCCUGCGCGACGAGUGCCUGGCCCUCGAGCGGCGGGGGUUCCGCGUCGUCGUCGCGGGGGACUUCAACGUCGCGCGCGGGCCGCCCGACGGCCACCCGAGCCUGCGGAUCUUCCCGCGCCAGCACUGCGCCAACCGCGCCGACUUCAACGCCAAAUUCUUCGCCCCGGAGGAGAACCGCCGGGCCGGGGCGUACGUGGCCGCCGCCGCAGAGGAGCAGGAGGAGGGGGAGCAGGAGCAGGAGCCCUUCUUUGACGGGGUCGACGUCUUCCGGGCCCUGCACGGCUUGAAGCGGCGGUACACGUACUACCCUCGCACGCGCGCCUGGGGCAGCAGCUCCGAUAGGGUCGACAUGAUCAUCGUGUCGCGCCGGCUGUGGGACGAGGGGAGGGUCAGGGCGACCGGGAUCCUGGACACGCCGCAGGAACGCGGGAGGAGCGAUCAUGUGCCGUUGUGGGUGGAGGUUGUCGUCUGAGAUGGGGCCGUGUUGAGGAUUCCGACUGGGCUUAAUUAUAAUUACUCAAUUUAUCAGUUGUAGACGCUGAUUGAUGAUGAGUUACAUCCCGAGUAGUCCUGUGUCGCGGCCAGAGUGAGCUAGACCAGUGUAUUAACGUUAAUAAUUAAAAGCUGGUUACAUGCAUAUAUAUCAGAAUAAUGAGCACGGCAUCAAGGUAGAACUUGCGUUGGUGAAUCGUGAAAUCAAGACGUA